AUGGACGAAGGCAUAGACGAGGGCAUAGACGAGGGCAUAGACGAGGGCAUAGACGAGGGCAUAGACGAGGGCAUAGACGAGGGCAUAGACGAGGGCAUAGACGAGGGCAUAGACGAGGGCAUAGACGAGGGCAUAGACGAGGGCAUAGACGAGGGCAUAGACGAGGGCAUAGACGAGGGCAUAGACGAGGGCAUAGACGAGGGCAUAGACGAGGGCAUAGACGAGGGCAUAGACGAAGGCAUACAUGAAGGCAUAGACAUAGGCAGACAUAGGUACAGACAGACAGGUAAAGACAGACGUAGAUGCAGGCAGACAGACAUGGAACAGACAGACGCAGAAUGGGAGACUCACGUGGGCACACAGGCAUAA